GGUUGUCGCUUGCUCGCAAUACGUAGUUUCCGCACAUACUUUCCGCCUUUCAAACGUACUAUAAGUAACACAUUAGUAGCACAUAGUACUUGAUACAAUGACUGUCCGACAAAACGAAGUAAGCCACGGCCUCACACCGUUCCGUCUAGAACGAUACUUUGCACAGUAUGAGUUCAACGAGGGAAUUAAGGUGUUGUGCAACUCCGACUGUGAACCUUACAAGAUGCAAGAAGUCGUACAGAUGGCCCGAGAUAACAACCCGAAACUCGCCGAUAUGUGGGACAACCUGUCUCUAGGAUACACCGAGUCAGGCGGACGUCACGAGCUUGUUGCCGAAAUAAAAAAGUUGUACACAACUGACCCCAAUGUGGUGGUGGUGACACCUGAAGAGGGUAUAUAUUUAUCUAUGCGUGCCUUAUUAAACAAAGGCGAUGAGAUUGUGGUUGCAUUCCCUAACUACCAGUCGUUGUCGGAGAUUGCCGUAGCGAUUGGAUGUGAUGUGAAGCGGUGGAUGCCGGAUUUUCUGCCGGAUGGAAGUAUCCGGUUCAAUGUGGACGCACUCAAGGGCCUGGUGACUGAAAAGACCAAAUUGAUUGUGUUCAACUUUCCGCAUAACCCCUCGGGCCACCUCCUCACCAAAGAAGAACAGGCGAGUGUGAUAGACAUUGCCAAAGAGGUCAAUGCGUGGGUGUUCAGCGAUGAAAUGUAUCGAGGCUUAGAGUUUACCCCGGAAGACCAACUACCCGCAAUCUGCGACUUGGGAUACGAUCGGGCCGUACUGUUGUCCGGGAUGUCCAAAACAUACGCUCUACCGGGUAUCCGCUUGGGCUGGAUAGCUACGCCCAACGCUUGGCUGGCUGCGGAAGUACUGACACUCAAGGACUACACCACUAUCUGCCCCCCUGCCCCCUCAGAGGUCCUGGGGCUGAUUGCCCUGACAAACGGACCAGCGAUCAUUGCGAGGAACCUGGAUGUGAUCAAGACAUCCCUUGCCGCGGUACAGACCUUCAUGGAUAACCACAAAGAUAUUCUCAUCUGGAAAGCGCCUAUGUCUGGCUCUAUCGGAUGGCCACUUAUCCACCCCGAUGCCAAGAUGAUGGUGGACGGGAGCCCUGUACCAGCUACUGCACGCCUGUUGUGUGAUACGCUCGCGGAGAAGCACUCCAUUCUGCUUUUGCCCGGCGAUUUGUUUGUGUCGAGUAACUUGAGCCCGGAGACUGCAGCUGCGUGCUCACAGCAUUUCCGCUUCGGAUUGGGCCGUACGGACACGGUUGAGAAUAUCGAUUUGCUGGAGAAAGUCAUUCGCAAAGUGCUCUUUGUUUAAGUUUAUUAUUGGCUAUAAGGGUCCCAAUGCUAAUAAACCAAUACUAAACAAUCGGA